AUGUUCCGCGCUCGGCCAAACAUAUCCGUCCGACUGAAGUCUCGGCCAAAGUUCAAACCGCCGGCCGAUCACAACACGACCCGGGAAACAUUGUCCCGCGGUCGGCCAAGCACAACGUCACGCCACGCCGCGCACGACCAGCCGCGCGAGCCGGGAACAAGCCUCGCGGCCGCGCAACCCUUCGCGUACCACGGCCGAUGCAUCCGUCCGAGCCGGGAAGAACGUCCCACGUCCGGCCGAGAAACCAUCGGCCAAAUCUCAUCCGUCCGACCACAGCCGGCCGACCGUGAAAUCAUCCGGCCACGACCGUUCCGACUCGGCCAAGACCCGACUGUCCGGCCGAUCGUCCCGACCGACCGUCCGAACGCCGCGGUCGACCCGAAGCCGUUUUUGAAGCCCAAUCCGCACAAUUCAAGCCCAAAGCCGGCGCCGACCUAG